AUGGAUGAACUCAGAGCACGUACAGCUGGCUAUAUUCAAAUGGAGGAACAUGCCGAGUUUCGUAACUCUAUCCGUGACAGUUUCACCACUAAGGGCGAGUCUAGUACCAGGGAAAGCUCAAAGGCUCAUAUUGAUCAAAGAUCAAAAAGACCUCGUCAAUCACGAGGCCCUAGGUAUGAAUUUUACACACCUCUCAAUGCUCCUCGUGUUAACAUUUUGGAGGAAGCUAACCAUGCAGAUUUGAUCUCUCUACCCCCAUCGGCACACAAUCCGGUCAACGCUGAUAAGAGCAAGCAUUGCCGUUAUCAUAGAAAUCACGGACAUACAACAAAUGAAUGCUGGAGCCUCAAAGAUCAAAUUGAGGAACUCAUUCAAGCUGGCCAACUUGGACAAUAUAUCCAACGCGGCCAAACUUCUCGUGGGGGCUUCCGAGGACGUGGAAGAGGACGUGGCAGAUUUCCUGGCCGAUAUCAAGGACGAUAUCAGAAUUAUCAAGGACGAUCUGAACAAAGCCAUUUUCAUCAAACAAACACGCGCGAGGAGAGCAAACCAAGUACAAACAGCGCUGACCCGCAGCAUAUGGAUAAAUCCUCAGAGGGAAAUAACAUACGUGGCGUCAUCCAUACCAUCCCUGGAGGGUUUGCAGGAGGAGGAAGUUCUAACUCAGCCAGGAAGCGACAUCUACGCAUUGUCCAAAACGUCAACAAUUUGCAUAACUCGGGAUCUAAGUCAGAAACUCCAACCCCUCCUAUCAUUUUCACAGAUGAUGACUAUGAAGGUAUCAGUUUGAACCAAGACGAUCCAAUGGUCAUCUCAGUUGAGGUGGCCAAUUGGGAGGUCCAAAAAAUGUUGAAGCUUGACAUUCCUCACAUUCAAAACUCAAGGAGAAUCCUGGUGAAAUAUUUGCUGGUUGAUGCUGCCACCUCUUAUAACAUCCUUAUCGGGAGACCAACGUUGAAUCAAUUAGGAGCAGUCGUAUCAACGCCUCAUCUAACUAUGAAGUUCCCAGACACUGAUGGACACAUAAUAGCUGUAAAGGCUAAUCAAAAAAUUGUAAGGAAAUGCUAUGCUGAAAGUUUGAAGAUUACACCCCUAAAUCGUCAACCCGAGGUGUCAGCUUCUCCUGUCAUUGCUCACAUCGGUACAAGGGAAAUGGCCGACUUAGAUCCCCGAAUUGAUAUGCAUGACCACCAACCUGAUCCCAUUGACGAGUUGAUUGAGUUUCAGAUUGGCAAGAAGCCCAACCAAUGCACCAAGAUUGACAAACAUAUCGAACCUCAAUCGAGGAUACCCCUCAGAAAAUAA